AUGCAACUCGGUCUGCGUCCUCGUUUGCGAACACGGCCAUCGUUGUACGACCUCGUGCACAAGCAGAACAUUGACCAGCUCUCGAUCUCUGGAGCUCACCUCGCCACCGGCCCGGACGACGUCGACCCUCACCGCGUCCCGCUUCCUGCAAGCCCGCUGAUAGCACCGCAUCGCGAGCUUGCUACACCAGCGCCCCCGCCGCACAUUACCCUAGAAGCAGCCAGCGACGACGAAGAAGAAGCAGACGCAUCGAUUGCCAAGAUGCCUCCCAAGCAGGACAGGAAGACGGAGGGCGGCGAGGAGCAGGGCUCCAUCUACUCCAUCUCCGGGCCUGUCAUCAUCGCCGAGAACAUGAUUGGAUGUGCCAUGUACGAGCUCGUUCGUGUCGGCUACGAGAACCUCGUGGGUGAAGUCAUUCGAAUCGAAAACGACAAGGCCACCAUCCAGGUCUACGAGGAGACUGCUGGCGUGACUGUUGGCGACCCCGUACACCGCACCGGACAGCCGCUGUCGGUCGAGCUCGGCCCUGGUCUCAUGGAGACGAUUUACGACGGUAUUCAGCGCCCGCUCAAGGAUAUCGCCGUCGACGCAGAGAGCAUCUACAUUCCCCGCGGCAUCGACCUGCCUGCGCUUGACCGCAAGAAGAAGUGGGACUUUACCCCCGGCUCGCUCAAGGUUGGCGACCACAUCACCGGCGGCGAUGUCUUUGGUACCGUGUGGGAAAACAGUCUGCUCAGCGAGCACAAAAUCCUGCUACCUCCCCGCGCAAAGGGCACCAUUACUCGCAUCGCCGAAAAGGGCAGCUACACGGUCGACGAGAAGAUCCUCGAGCUUGACUUCAACGGCACCAAGACCGAGUACAGCAUGAUGCACAGGUGGCCCGUCCGAGUGCCCCGCCCCUCCAACGAGAAGAUGUCUUCGGAUCAGCCCCUCAUUGUCGGCCAGCGUGUGCUCGACUCGCUGUUCCCCAGUGUCCAGGGUGGUACUGUGUGCAUUCCUGGUGCUUUUGGUUGCGGCAAGACGGUCAUUUCGCAGUCUCUUUCCAAGUUCUCCAACAGUGACAUCAUCGUAUACGUCGGAUGUGGUGAGCGAGGAAACGAGAUGGCUGAAGUCUUGAUGGAUUUCCCAGAGCUCACCAUCGACGUCAACGGCAAGAAGGAGCCCAUCAUGAAGCGUACCACCCUCAUUGCAAACACCUCAAACAUGCCCGUCGCUGCUCGUGAGGCCUCCAUUUACACGGGAAUUACAAUCAGUGAAUACUUCCGCGACCAAGGCAAGAACGUUGCUAUGAUGGCCGACUCGUCGUCGCGAUGGGCAGAGGCGCUUCGUGAAAUUUCCGGUCGUUUGGGAGAAAUGCCUGCGGAUCAGGGUUUCCCUGCAUACCUGGGUGCCAAGCUUGCGUCUUUCUACGAGCGUGCUGGACGCGUCGAGGCUCUGGGCAGCCCCGAACGAUACGGCAGUGUGUCCAUUGUCGGCGCUGUCAGUCCUCCAGGUGGUGACUUUUCGGACCCUGUCACGACGAGUACGCUCAACAUUGUGCAAGUUUUCUGGGGUCUGGACAAGAAGCUGGCGCAGCGCAAGCACUUCCCGUCGGUCAACACUUCGAUCAGUUACAGCAAGUACACGAAUCCGCUAGACAAGUACUACGCCAAGAACAACCCCGAGUUCCCACGGUUGCGCGACCGCAUCAAGGAGCUUCUGACUACUUCGGAUGAUCUCGACCAAGUUGUGCAGCUUGUGGGUAAGUCUGCGCUAGGCGACAGCGACAAGAUCACGCUCGAUGUGGCGACGCUGCUCAAGGAGGACUUCCUCCAGCAAAACGGCUACUCCGACUACGACCAGUUCUGUCCGCUGUGGAAGACGGAGUGGAUGAUGAAGAACAUGAUGGCUUUCCACGACGAGGCGCAAAAGGCUGUUGCCCAGGGACACUCAUGGCCCAAGAUCCGAGACGCGACUUCGGAGAUCCAGUCGCAGCUGCGCUCAAUGAAGUUUGAGCUGCCCAGCGACGGAGAGGAGGCCGUCACCAAGAAGUACGAAGAACUACUGCAGAAGAUGACGGAAAAGUUUGCGUCGGUGGUUGACGAGUAG